AUGACGUCCACGCCCGCUGCUGCUUCGGCGACUGCUGCCACCCAGGCGCAGUCGAGCCAGCACCAGCAGCACCAACAACACCCAGCCCAGCAGAACCAGCAGCCCCGGCGGGCCGCCGACCCCGGCCCGUCGCAAUUGCAGUCGGCCGUGUCCCCGCCAUCCAAGCGGGACCUCAAGUCGUGGUGGAAAAGCUUCAAGCUGCCGACGAAGCAGCAGGAGUCGCAGGGUAUGCUCUCCCGGCCCUCCUCUCGUCCCAAGCUCCGGGGUCGUGGUCAACGUCCUCCCGGCAUCUUUGGCGUCCCCCUGCGUGAGAGCAUCACCUAUGCCAACGUGGCGAUCUCGCUCCUCGACGAGGACGGAAAGAGCUACAUCUACGGCUACGUGCCUAUCGUCGUCGCCAAGUGCGGCCUGUUCCUCAAGGAAAAUGGUAAGUCACCCGACCAAGCUGUUCCUUCGCAGCUAACCUCUCCAGCCACCGAGGUCGAGGGCAUCUUCCGUCUGAAUGGGUCCGAAAAGCGCAUCAAGGAGCUCAAGAACGCCUUCGACUCGCCCGAUAGAUAUGGCAAGGGCCUGGUUUGGGAUGGCUACACUGUACACGACGCAGCCAACGUGCUGCGCCGCUACAUUAACGACCUCCCCGAGCCCGUCGUCCCGCUCGACCUUUACGAGAAGUUCCGCGAGCCGCUCAAGGGUUUCACGCGCCUGGGCACCGCCGAAGGCGAAGGUCCCCACUUCGUGGAAGGUUUCGACAUGGACGCGGCCAUCCGCCGCUACCAGCAGCUCAUCGCCGAGCUGCCGCCGUUGAACCGCCAGCUACUUCUCUACAUCCUGGACCUGCUGGCCGUCUUUGCCGCCAAGUCCGACCAGAACCGCAUGACCUCGCAGAAUUUAGCUGCCAUCUUCCAACCCGGCAUGUUGUCACACCCUGCUCACGCCAUGAUGCCCGACGAGUACCGCCUGAAUCAGUGCGUCAUUAUCUUCCUCAUCGAGAAUCAGGACCACUUCCUCAUGAGCGGCAACCCAAGCGGGGAUAAACCCCUGGAGACACCCCCAACCCCUGAGUUAACCUCGGAAGCUUCGCGAUCUGCGCCCAAUGUUAGCGCUACCGCUGAUACUGCGACUAUCAAGGCUGGGUCAUUACGUCGAAACAAGUCGACCUCAUCGCGCCACUCCUACUCCAACUGCCCGAGUCCUAGCACUCCAACACGUACGUCGACUGGUGGUCUAUCUCGCAGCAAUACCCUCCCACCAAAACGAUCCCCAUCUCUCGGCUCGUCCCGCAAAUUCACCCCCAAAACCGGUGCCCCUCCUAGCCCUGGCACCCCCGUAAACGUCUGCCCGCCGACCCCAGUUGCUGCCCCGCCUACCGUCCAAGAAGAACCCGCGCUCCCUGCCCCUCCCCCCACAUUACCCGCAGCGCAACCUACCAACAAGAGCCAAGAAAGGCUCGAUGUGCCGGAGGCCAGCACGCCGGCUAAGGAACGGAAGCUGCCUAUCCUCUUCCAGCGCAUGUCGUCCAACGAGAGCGAAGGCCGCCAGCCAAACAAGCUCAGGAAGAAGCGGCUGCCCGGGAGCGCGAACCCGAGCGCCCAGAGCUCGACCGCCUCUUUGCCUCACUCAGCCGCCGUCUCCCCCAACUCAGAACUUUCCAAUCCCCUUGAGUCGAUCUCCUCUAGAGCCGAGCACGAGGCAACCCCGCGCGCCCACCCCCCUGCUAACGAGGUGCCUAGCACGCAGCCAAGCAGCAGCGCGCCCAGUGCAAAGCCGAGCACAGCUGAUCUGAACUCGAGCACGAACCUGAGCGCCACCGAGCCGAGCACCACACACGUCAGCGCGGUGAACCAGGAGAAGAGCAAAAAGUCCCCGUCGGCAUCGAUCAAUGGCUCGUCAGCGGAAAAUACCUCUGACCUCGACCAAGUCGAUGACCUCGCCUCCAAGAAUACGACUACUGAGCCAGCUGCUCCGGAGACCCCAGGACAGAAUGGAGCUGAAAAAGAGAAAGAGAGGAAGCGCCGGUGGAGACUGUCCCGUAAGAAGGAUGAUGCAGCUGUGCCGCCGGGUCCGUCUCCCCCUCGUACUGGGAGUGGCACUGGAGGCAAUUUACACGCCGACGUGAGCUCUUUAUCUGUCGUCAGCAGCACUGCGCAGAGUCACCAGGGCCAUAGGCCCAGGGCGAGUAUGAGCCUGGGAGAUUCUUCGGAACGUGAGAAUAUGGCUGGGCUGGUGGAGGUGUCGAGUGGCGAGUCUGCUAAGGAUGGCGCAGUAGGAGAAAAGGGAGGGAGUAGAUUGUCGAGUUGGAUUAAGAAUAAGUAUCGCGAGCAUAAGGGGGGGGUUGUGGAGGGGAGGAGGAAUAAGAGUCCUCCUGCUCCGGCUCCGGCUGGAAUUCCGUUACCGGGCAGGAGGGGGAAGAGUUUGGAUUUGAAGAGGGAGGAGCAACAGAUUGCGGGACUGAUUCAGCCGGCUGAGGGUAAGGUCCCGGCUGCUGUGGCGGCUCCUGCUCCGGCUCCCGCUCCGGCUCCUGCUCCGGCUCCAGUACCGGUCCAGGCUCCCGCUCAGGUUCCCGCUCCUGCUCAAGUUCAAGUUCAGGCUCAACCCCAACCCCCGGCUACGGUCCCAGCGGCUGCUUCAGCUCAUGCGUCAGCCCCAGCUCAGGCUCCGAGUCAAGCUCAGAAUUCGAAGACCAAGUCCUGA